AUGGCUUCGACUGACGGCAUUGACUCUCGUUGGCUAGAUGCCAACGGAGCUGAGCCCAUUGCCAUCAUUGGAUCUGCCUGCCGGUUCUCAGGCACUGCUUCCAAUGAGGAUGGUCUCUGGCAGAUGUUGUCAAGCGGGAGGACUAGCUGGGCUAGCAAUGCCAGAAACCGAUUCAAGAUGGAGUCGUUCUGGCACCCCCAGGCUCAUCUCCCCGGCUCGACAAACGCUCGGGGCGUUCAUCUGCUUCACCAGGAUCCAGCUGUCUUUGACAAUGACUUCUUUGGCAUCAGUGGAGUUGAAGCCAAAGCCAUAGACCCUCAGCAGAGACUCAUGCUCGAGGUGGCCUACGAGACUUUUGAGAAUGCCGGCAUUCCCCUGGAUCGACUCGAAGGAUCAAAUACAGGCGUUUUCUGUGCCGUGUCAUACGCAGAUUACGAUCAAAUCCUUGGUCGUGAUCCGGAGACGUCACCAAUGUACCGCUUCACAGGGACCGGCCCGUCUCUCACAUCCGCCCGUGUGUCCUAUGCCUUUGACUUGCACGGACCUAGUAAAUCCGUCGACACGGCCUGCUCUAGCGCCCUGGUGGCCGUACACGAUGCCAUCCAAGCUCUUCGAGCUGGCGAUGCUGACCAAAUUCUGGUGGGGGGCUCUAAUCUCAUUCUGGACCCUGACAAGAUGUCCAUCAUUUCGUCCAUGCAGUUCCUCUCCCCUGACGGCCGAUGUUAUUCCUUCGACUCUCGCGCAAGCGGGUAUGCCCGAGGUGAAGGUGUAGUUGCCAUUCUCCUCAAGCCCCUUAGCGCAGCUCUUCGGGAUGGUGAUACAAUUCGAUCCGUCAUCCGCGGUAGUGCAGUUGUGUCCGAUGGCAAAACCCCGGGCAUCACAAUGCCAUCGCCAGUCAGUCAAUACGCAACUAUUCAACGUGCUUACAAGACAGCUGGGCUUGAUCCCAGGGAGACGGUUUAUGUGGAAGCACACGGAACUGGUACCAACGCCGGAGACAAUUGCGAGGCAACUGCUUUUAAUAAUGCAUUUUGCUCGGACAGGUCUGACAAGCUUAUUAUCGGUAGUGUCAAGUCCAACUUGGGCCACACUGAAUGUGUGUCAGGAUUGGCGGGUUUAGUCAAAGUACUUCUGAUGCUUGAGAAGGGAGGGAUUGUUCCCACUCCUACCUUUGAACAUGCAAAUUCUAGGUUGGAGUUGGAUUCACGAGGGCUAGAGGUUGCAUCCAAGUUCCAAGAGUGGCCAGAAGGGCAGCUCCGCCGCGCAUCCAUAAAUGGGUCUGGUUAUGGGGGUACGAAUACCCAUGUCAUUCUGGAAGCUUGGACAGAACCCGCCAAGACAGCAGAACCAACACCAAUAGUUGAGACAAGGGUAACGCGUGGCGCAAUUGCUCCCGAGUCUCCAAACAAAGGCUCCAAAGUCUUUGUAUGGAGCCACCAGCGGGAAGAUGGCUUCGCCAAGCUGUUGUCUCUGGAUGACUUGGCUUUUACGCUGUCAUCUCGGAGAUCCCGAUUCUCUCAGAGAGCUGCCUUUGUUGCAUCCAACAUUGACCAACUCCUAGAAGGGCUCAGAGAGAUUGAGCUGGGAUCAAUCCGCCCUGUCAAAGCAUUGACGGAUGCGCGAACGUGUUUCAUCUUCACCGGCCAGGGAGCGCAGUGGGCGCGAAUGGGCUUGGAGCUUCUCUCCUACCCAGUCUUUGCUGAGUCUAUGCGGAAAGCCGAAAGAGAGCUCAUCCGCAUGGGUGCAACUUGGCGCUUAGUUGAUGAAUUGAGGAAAACCAAGGAGAAUUCUCGCAUCAAUGACGCAGAGUUGGCGCAGCCAUGCUGUACAGCUAUCCAGGUCGCAUUGGUGGAUCUUCUUGCCUCAUGGGGCGUGCAUCCCGAUCUGGUUUGCGGUCAUUCGAGUGGAGAAAUUGCGGCAGCAUAUGCUGCUGGAAGCUUAACCGCAUCGGACGCUCUCAAGGUGGCCUAUCACAGGGGCAAAUCCGUAUACUAUCUCAAGCUAAAGAAGGGCAUGAGGCAAGGUGGGAUGCUUGCUGCAGGUCUAUCAGAGACUGAUGCGCAAAAGUAUCUAUCAAAGUACAGUGAGCAGACGGUCAAUGUGGCAUGCAUCAACAGUCCCACCAGUGUGACACUGUCUGGUGAUGCUGCAGCCAUUGAUGAGAUUGCCUCCAAACUGGAAGAAGAUGGUGUCUUCAACAGAAGAUUGGCUGUCCCAGUAGCCUACCAUUCUUCUCAUAUGGCUGCUAUUGGAGAAUUCUACCUUGCAGCGCUGGAGAAGCUUCAACCUCGCCAGUUCAAACCGAGUGUGCGAAUGGUGUCUUCAGUCACUUGUAAUGAGGUUGAUGGCAGUGAGAUGGACGGUGCAUACUGGGUUUCUAACCUGCUUCGCCCCGUUCGCUUCUCGCCAGCCUUGUCCAAGGUUCUCAGUCUCUCUGUGAAGGGUAGUUCCUCGUCUGCGCUGCCACCUACUGUCAUGGUUGAGCUCGGCCCUCACUCAGCUCUUCAGGGGCCUGCUACUCAAAUAGCAAAAACCAUUACGGGAUUGCCUUCAGUAAAUUAUUUCUCCUGUUUGAAGAGGAAUCAGGACGCAGUUCAGAGCGCACUGUCGCUUGCUAGUGGCCUGUUCACUCACGGCCUUCCCAUUGCACUGACAGACGUCAACAACCCAUUGGGUGUCCACACAAAGGUUCUGACCAACUUGCCGUCAUAUAGCUGGAAUCACAGCAAGGCACAUUGGAACGAAUCCCGAAGAAGUCAGGCGUACCGUACGCGAAAGUUCCCCCGCCAUGAUCUUCUGGGAUCUGCUGCAGCUGAUAGUAUUAGCGCUGAGCCAUCUUGGAGAAUGUUUAUUAGGCUUUCUGAAAUGCCAUGGAUCAAAGGCCAUUGCAUUGAUGGCCAGAUUGUGUUCUCCGCAGCUGGUUUCCUGACCAUGAUUGUGGAGGCCUUGAAGCGCCAGGCCAAUACGUUGCAACGCCCAUGGAAGAACAGAGUAAUAGAGUUUAAGCAAGUCGUCAUCGACAGACCUCUUCUUAUCCAGGACGAUGCAUUUGGAGCCGAAGUCUUUACCCUUCUGCGUCCUCAUUCGGUGACAUCUCGUGAUUCGAGCUUGAAGUGGCAAGAAUUUCGAAUCUACAGUGUCUCUCAGAACAAUGAAUCUACGGAACACUGCCGAGGGUUGAUUGCUCUAUCGGAGAAUAAUGGAAGACUGGGCACCAGCUCAUCUUCUACAGCCAUCUCAUCUCGGCUGUACAAGCUCCUUAGCUCUUCAGGAAAUGACUACUCCGGGUGCUUUGCAAACCUUGAUAACGUCUCAGCCCGUGCCUGGGAGUCCAGCUGUGAGCUGACUGUUCCGGAUGUGAGAGCCACAAUGCCCUCAGCCCACCAAGAACCACAUCACAUACAUCCCACAACACUUGAAGGCUGCUUCUUGGCAUGUCUCCCUGGAGUGAAAUUCGCGAAUGGCUUGGACGGUCCUCAGGUUGUCGCCGCUAUUGAUGAGCUUUGCAUCUCCACAGACGUGGAUCUCGUACCUGGACGAAAAAUCUCCAUUACGGCCAGGACGAACCCCUAUGGAUUGAGGCAGCACUCUUCCAACAUAUUCGCUACAGAGUUUGACAAUGCAGACCGUGUCAUACUUCGUGUUGGAGGGAUCAAAUUCUCAUCCCUGGGUAGCUAUCAGCAAGCCACUAGCCAGGUUGAUGACCCCCUGUGUCACAAGAAUCAGGAGCUGCGGAAAAGUUGUGAUCCAGUUUCUCUUGGCAUCAUCCGAGAUACUCUAGCUCAAAUUUCAAAUGAAGAUGAGCCAUCAAUUACUCACCAUUUACGACGUUUCUACGGCUGGAUGCAAGAGCAGGAUAUUUCAAGCGCCCCAUUGACGAAUUCCAAUGACCAAGUACCGACUGACAUUCUGCGAGGGAACCAAGACAUAAUGUCUGUCUUGUCAGAUACUGAGCUGUUGCGUCGCCUUUAUUCGGAAGACGAUUGCUUCAAUAGAUGUCACACACAGCUCGCCGAAUAUCUCAGGUUGCUUCAAUACAAAGUGCCGAAUCUGCGUAUUCUAGAAGUCGGUGGGGGAGAAGGCAUCUUGACUUCUGCACUUCUUGAAGCCCUCUACGGGGAAAAGCGUGACUAUGCUACUACCCGAGGCACAUACGUUUUCACCGAUGUUUCCGAUGUUCAUACUUCUAAAGCUCAAGAGACGAUGAGGAUGUUUGAAGAUGUCAUGGAGUUCAAGUGUCUUGAUAUCGAACAGUCCCCAGCGCAACAGGGGUUUGAGCUCAAUUCUUUCGACAUCAUCGUCACAUCAAAUGCUAUGCAUACGACACGUAGCAUUGAGCAUACGCUUAACAACCUGAAUAGGCUUCUCAAACCUGAUGGUCAAAUUGCCUUUGUAGAGCUCACAGCGCCAUCUCUGAGAUGGGGGCUUCUCGGUGGGAGCCUUCCAAACUGGUGGGUGGGUGUGGAGGAAGGGCGUGUAAGCUCUCCUCUUCUAUCAACACCAGAGUGGGAAAAGGUACUCGUAAAGGGCGGCUUUUCUGGCGUUGUAAUCGAAAUGAGAGAUUUCGAAUCGGAUGAAGAGCAUGAAGCGAGCUUACUUAUCUCUCACGCUGCCAAUACCGGAGUGAAGGCAGGCGUUGGAAACAUCUCCAUCUUUACAGGGCAGCAGAGUGAUGCUUUGGCGGGUGAGCUACGCAGCGGACUGGUAGAGCGAUAUCCGGGAACUGUAGUGUCUAUCGUUCCGCUUGCUAAAGCGACAGCCGCUCCUGGAACUUACGUCUUUCUUCCAGACGUUGUGGAUGAUUUCUUACUGAGUGCAUCUGAGAAAGAUUGGGAAAACACAAGAAACCUGUUGAGUGAUGCCAAAGCCGUGCUGUGGGUAACCAAGGGAGCUUCUUUGGCUGACUCGGAAGCCUCUAGUGCACUCAUCAUAGGUCUGGCGCGUAGCCUACGCGCAUCACGGCCUGACCUCAGCCUUUUCACCCUCGAUAUUGACGCAGAGUCAGCGGAGGCUUCUGGGAUCUUGCAGGUAUAUGAAAAAUACCUCGGUCCAAGUGCUUCUCCUUACUCGGCGUCAGAAUGGGAGCUUGCUCUGUCCAACGGAAACAUUGUGAUACCACGUCUGCUAGAGAACAAGGAGGUCAACCUCCAGGUUCAAGACGCUACAUCAAAGCAUCAUCCACGCGAUGAAAUUUACACUGAUUUUGGCCGACCUUUGAGUCUCCGGAUUAACUCUGUUGGAGUAACGCAAGUCAAAGUUCGCGUGGAGAACUUUGCACUCAACUUCAAGGACAUGCUGACCACUACUGGCCAACUUGAAGGCAAUUCCGCUCUUCUCCUUGAAGGAAGUGGCACGAUUAUCGAAGUUGGAGAUGCUUCUCAGUCAAGCUUUUCCGCCGGAGAUCGCGUCAGCUUCUUUGCCCCUGAUGGGCUUGCCACUGUCAGCAAUGUGGAUGUCCGUCACGCUGUCAAGGUUCCUGAAGGUGUUAGCGGUGAAGCUGCUGCCGCCGUUCCAUUGGCUUACUCGACUGUCCUUUAUGCUCUCAGAGACAUUGCCAGGAUCCAACGAGGUGAGAGUAUCCUGGUUCACUCUGGAGCUGGAGCGGUCGGCCAGGCAGCAAUUGCGCUGGCAAAAACUUUUGGUGUUGAAGAGAUAUAUGUCACCGCUGGAAGUUCAGAAAGAGCGGAGUUCAUUAGCAAGGCGUUUAGUAUCCCAGCUGAGCGCAUAUUAUCCAGCCGAGAUUUGGACCUCGGUCAUCGCCUUCUCGAGUUGACUAAUGGUCGAGGCGUCGACGUUGUCGUCGGUUCUCUUUCUGGAGACGCAUUUUCAGAAAGUUGCAGUGCCAUAGCUCCCUUUGGCCGAAUCAUUCAGUUGUGCGAAAGGGAUGUGGCAAAUGGUGGACGGGUUGAUAUGAAACAUCUUCAGAGAAAUGCCUCUCUUUCGGUCGUUAACAUGGGAUUCCUCGCGCGGGAAAGGCCGCUAGUGUUCAAGGAGGUGCUGGAAACUUGUUUCAGUAUGCUCCAGAAGGGAACCCUGCCAUUGAUCGGCCCAAUCACUACGUAUCAUGCUUCCAACGUCGCAGAGCAGCUUCGACUUAUGCAGGCUGGUGGCCACGUAGGCAAGAUGGUAUUCCAGCUGGAUUCCAGUCUGCCUUUGAAGAUUCAACCACCAAAGCCCAAGCCUGCGGCUCUGCGAGAUAACAGCUCUUACCUUGUUGUUGGCAGAGUUGGGAAAUUGGACGCAGCAAUUGCCAAAUAUUUGGCAAAACUGGGAGCUCAUCGCCUCAUUGCGUGUCAAGGAUCUGGUAUUGAGGUAGUAUGUGAUGAAGUAAAGAGACUCGGGACAGAAGUUGCCUUUAUCCCCGGCAAUGCUUCGACUCGGCCCCUUGUGGAUCAACUUAGAGACGCAAGCGUGGGUGCACCCAUCAGAGGAAUAAUUCUUGGGGGUUCCGAGAUAUAUGAUACGGAUAUCAAAGCCGUGACAUACUCUCAGUGGUCCACUACUGUUGAACCCACAACUAAAGGGAUUAUCAGCCUUCAAGAAGCCUUUGGUUCAAGCCUCGACUUCUUCAUUCUGCUGAAUCGCACUUCUUCUGUUGUAGGUGGCCCUGAACAGAGUGUCACGGAUGCAAUUGGUGCGUUCCGGGAUAGCUUCGCCCAGUCUCAAGCCCGUCUGGGAUUCCCCGUCAAAGCUAUAGACAUUGGCACAAUGCAGAAAGAUGGCCUAGCAAGUGGUGACGAAGACAUGCUGCCUCCUUCCGACGUCCGACCACAGACGAUGGAAGAGGUCCUGGCAGUGAUCAACUACGCCAUGCAAAGUCCCGUCGCAAAAGGACAGGUCAUUUGCGGCGCAAGUCAAUUCGCUCCCGAUCCUUCUUCCCCGAACACACAGCGUCCGGAUGCUCGAUUCUCACACAUCUGGUCCCGCACGGCGCCUCGCGCCUCCAGGGGCGGCGAAGACGACGCCUUUGACGUGCAGGCUGCUCUUCGGAGCUCGUCCAGCGGCGACGCAGCCGUAGAAGCCGUGUUUACGGGCUUGAAGCAGAAACUCGCUCGCCUGCUGGCCGUGGCUACGACGGAGAUCCAGCCGGACCGCGCAGUGUCGACGUAUGGCGUGGACUCGCUCGUUGCGGUGGAGCUGAGGAAUUGGAUCACGGGGCAUUUAGGAGGGCAUGUGCAGAUGUUGGAGCUGAUGAGUUCUUUGUCGAUCAUGCAGCUGUCGGAAGUCAUUGCUAAGAGGUCGAGGUUGGUACCGGCGAGCGUGUUUGGAGGCGUGGAAAAGAGUUGA